AUGGAUGACGAAACCAAUCAGAGAUUGCUUGAGAAUAUAAACGAAGAAGACAGAAGAACAAAUACAAAUCAAGAAGCAAAUACGCAGGAUUAUGAUUUUGAUUCGAAUAAUGGUGAUGAUGAAUACUUGGAUGAUUAUAUUUUCGAUCAAUCGACCAAGGGGAGGAUAAAACGAUUCUUGUAUAGACUUUGGAAUGGUCCCACACAACCAGUUGAUGAUCCAGCACCAAGAAUUCAUAUUUUGAUGCCGUUGGAAGAAAUUCCUGACCGUAUAAACAAAAACGUUCCUAGAAAGAUUAGAAUUUUAGCAUUGAUUCUGUACUUUUUCCUUUGGUUUGGGUUAUGUUAUAAUAUCUUGAUUCCAUAUUUCACCCAUCCCCCACAAUCUUCGAAUAACCACGAUCCUCCGAUUUUGGCAUUAUCUUGUGAAUCGAGUAAUUCUUUUUGGCGAGGAAAAAACGCUGCCUGUGGUUUGAAUGGGGAGUUAUGUCCCUCGAUUGAUUCGGGCAAGGAUGUUCUUUUCAGGUGCCCUGCUCUUUGUGAUCGUGGUAGUUGGGUAUACUCUUUAGCCCCAAUUGGGGAUCAAAGAGUUAGAUACAGGGGAUACUUUGUUGGUGGUGGUGAGUACCAUGAUGAAAAGAAUAAUCAAUUGAGUCAUCCUUAUCGAGCUGAUUCAUUUCCCUGUGGAGCUGGGGUCCAUGCCGGUUUGAUUUCUCCGUUCUUUGGUGGAUGUGCCCGGGUUUCUUUUGACAGCAAAUCCCAAUCAUCCUUCCCUUCUACUAAAGGACAUUACGGGGUAAGCGAUUCAAUUGAUUUCAAUUCGUUUUUCCCCAAUUCAUAUUUUUUCAAAACAUUAAAGUUGCAAAAAGAUGAAUUUUUCAGCCAUUGUUAUGAUCCAAGACUCUUGAUUCUUAUCGUGAAUAUUAUAUUAGGAAUCCCCAUAGUUUAUCUUGCCAGUGGAUGUGUGAUGUAUUGGGCGAUCAACAUUGCUGGGUUCUGGACUAUUUGUUUAGCAACGGACCCCCCAGUUACUGUCGAUGCCAUGGAUCCUGAAACCUAUUCCCAUUUGCUUUCUAUUGGCUUAGAAAGAUUCUUACCAACCUGUUUUAUUUUAUAUGUGUUAUGGCAUACCUCGUCUAAAAGAACCUUUGAUACUUUGCCGGAAGAGUCAAACAUGAAACAUUCACCUUUGACAAGACUAUUUUUAUGGUAUCCAUUAUUUUGGCUUGGAGUCUUGAAUAAUAUUUCUUUUGAUCGAUUACCAGUUGAUCGGCUAACUAUAGAAGAUUUGAAAAGACAACCAGGAGGGUUUCUAGCUGUUGGUAGUAUCAUAUUCACAAUCUUGACUUGUGCUAUAAUUCAAGCUUAUAAGAUAUGGUUGAGUGGGAGAUUUAAAAAAUAUAUCAAUAUCUACUUUACUUUCAUAUUCAGUUUAAUUAUCAUAUCUCAGUUACCAGGGUUAACCCUUCGAAUCCAUCAUUAUAUCUUGGCGAUGUUAUUAAUACCGGGAUGUGCCACUCGUGGCCGAACUGCAAUAAUGUUCCAAGGAAUCUUGUUUGGAUUGUUUUUAUCUGGUGUAUCAAGAUGGGGGCUUGCAGCCAUUGCAGAAACCGCUACGUCGUUAAAUAGAGACGAUCCGUCGGGAAAGAUUCUACCACCAGAGUUGCUAGACUUUAAUAAAAAUUCAGGAAUAUUAAGCUGGGCUAAUAUUCCUUCAGAUAAACAAAAAUACACCCUGGUCUCUCUAUUGAUCAAUGAUAUCGAAAGAUAUGUUGCGGAUAAAGUAGACUCGGUCAAUAUUAAAGAGUUAUUCACCAAUUCGCAACUGAUGACAGAUAUGAUCAAUGCAGCCAUGACCAAGAACGAGAUCAAAGAUGAACAAGGUAGCUUCCUGAUCUUCUUGAGAAUUGGUCGCAAAAUUCCGGACUCUAAUGUUUAUAGCGAUUUUUCAAAUGCUGCAAUUCUUAAAUGGCCUUCAGGAGAAUUCAUCCCUCCUAAACCGGGUGUUACUUAG